UCUACAACUCAUGCCCUAGAUUGGAAACCCCCAAAACCCAACGUCUCUCCUUCAACCCCGUUCCCGCCCCCUUUCUCCUUCCUCCUCCCUCGGACACCACCAUUAAUGGCGACUCAGGAGAACGGGAGCGGCGCCGAUGCUCCUCCGAGCAGGUCUUCCUCCUCCUCCGCCGCCGCCGCCGCCGCCGCCGGCGUCGACAAGGGCGUCGACUUCGCCAACUACUUCUGCACCUACGCCUACCUCUACCACCAGAAGGAGAUGCUCUGCGACCGCGUCCGCAUGGACGCCUACUACAACGCCGUGUUCCGCAACAAGCACCACUUCCGCAACAAGGUCGUGCUGGAUGUGGGCACGGGGAGUGGCAUUCUCGCAAUUUGGAGCGCGCAAGCCGGGGCGAGGAAGGUGUACGCGGUGGAGGCCACGAAGAUGGCCGAGCACGCGCGGGAGCUCGCGAAGGCGAACGGCGUGGACGAUGUCGUCGAGGUGAUCGAGGGGUCGAUGGAGGAGGUCACUUUGCCGGAGAAAGUUGAUGUUAUAAUAUCGGAGUGGAUGGGUUAUUUUCUCUUGAGGGAGUCGAUGUUUGAUUCGGUGAUAUGUGCUCGCGACCGAUGGCUGAGACCGGAUGGAGCAAUGUAUCCUAGUCAUGCUCGGAUGUGGGUCGCACCUAUAAGAUCUGGUCUGGGCGAUCAGAAAAUCGAUGAUUUUGAACGUGAGAUGAAUGAGUGGCAUAACUUUGUUGACGAGACCGAAGCUCAUUAUGGUGUCAAUAUGAAUGCUCUGACAAAGGCCUACCGUGCAGAACAUGAAAAAUACUAUUUGAAGACAUCAAUGUGGAGUAACGUUCAUCCAAAUCAGAUUGUAGGAACUGCUGCUGUUAUUAAAGAAAUCGAUUGUUUAACAGCUACAGUAGAUGAAAUCCGCAGUGUUAUGGCACAGGUCACCAUGCCUAUUAUUAUGGACAGGGCAAGAGUGUCCGCAUUCGCUGGGUGGUUUGAUGUUCAUUUCCGAGGUAGCACGCAGAACCCAGCGAUGCAUGAAAUUGAGUUGACUACUGCUCCGAGUGAGGAUUUCGGGACUCAUUGGGGUCAGCAGGUAUUUUUGCUGCAUCCUCCUAUUAGAGCUAAUGAAGGGGAUAAAAUUAUCAUGUCCUUCACAAUGAGCCGAUCCAAGGAAAAUCAUCGGUUGAUGAAUGUCGAAUUCACCUGUGAAUUGGAGCAGUCAUCUGGCAAGCGGCUCUCGCCUGUCACUUCCAAGGUUUUCAUUGAGUAGAAAGAAGCUAAAUUCAUCAGAGCAAGAAUGGCUCAGGAACUCUCAAGUCUCAACUCCCAAGUGAUUUGGUCGGUUUGUGUACUAUUCUCUUCUAUUAGAAAACAAUUUGUUCUCGGAAUGUCGGCAACGUCGAUCCCGUGCAGACAAUGGUGAAGUGGUAUGAGUUUUCUUCAUUGGACGCGAUUCCGAUCUACGUCACAGGACGUGUUUUUAUGGAGCUUUUGAGGCUUAAAAGCUUUUGUAGUGGUCGGAGUUUCUAUGACCUGUGUAUUCACUUGUUUCUUUUGUCGAGUGUUUUAUUCAAAGCAAUUCAUGGUUGAAAAAGUAAAAGACUUUCAGGUAAGUCUUAUAAAACUGUUUUUGACAGAAGCCUGCUACUUUUUUCAGUUAGAAUCCAUUCGACAGUUAUAUUUCUGUAGAAAUAAUUUCACAUUCAUCUAAUCUUAUUUAAGCUUCCUGCUGCA